GUAGAAGGUGCGAUGGUGGAACUAAACUCCAACAGCAUGCUUCAGAAUUGAGAUCGUGAAUCGUGACCGACCGUGUUCGUAUCAUUUCUAUAUCAUUCUGGUCAGUUAUGUGAGGUUUUGGCAGACAGUUUCGUUUAAGAAUCCCCUAGGUCCUAGGUGUUAGCAGAAGCGGUACGAUGACCAGGAGACAUUUAGUGACUCUUUUUGGCGUGUUGGUGGUGCUAGUGUUGAGUUCGAACUCUGAGGAAUGUCCAGAGGGAAAUUCCAACGGGAAGUGUGCGGCUAGGGCAUCUCAUAACAAUGAAAUUGAAAGACUGUCAACGACUCAAGAAACCAUGACUCAUACACCUGAAUCCCCGGAAAUGCCCAAAUCCUUGAACAUGCUUGUCGAAGAUUCCGACAACGUUUUCCGACCAACGCCAGUCCCAUCACCAGCCGCAAAAACUACGAAAACCACGAAUAUGCCAGAAGCGAACAGCGUCCUCCCAUUGGAAGAACCAAAAGGAAGAGCAUUGAAUUUCACAGCCGCUGACCCUCAAAUUCACAGUGCCAAUAUUCUGACGAAUUCGUCAGAGCACCAUACCGAUUUCGAUCUGAGUGAUGUUAGCAUCAAUGACGAAGACGAUUUCGAUAUGGACAUGGUACACACAAAAAUUUUGGCACCCAAAUCCAUUUCGAAGAAUUUAACGAUGGGAAUAUGCGAAAAGGGUGGAUUAACAUACGAAAAUGGUGAAAAACUUGAAAAUGGUUGUGAAUCCGUGUGUACCUGCAAUCACGGCAAAAUGGAUUGUACCGAAAGAUGUUCCCAACCAUUUUUCAGAACAGGAAAGAAGAUUGAGGACCCCCUAUGUUCUGCACAUGCAACUGAAGAUCCUUGCUGUUCUAUUUUGGCAUGUGCAUCAGAUACAGAGACUGAGCCACUAGAAAUAUGUUCAUACAAUAACCAGACCUACAAUAGAGGAGACAUCUUCAAUAACGGAUGCACUGAAGUUUGUACUUGUGAAAUUGCUGGAAAUAUAUCGUGUAAACCGAGAUGUCUUCCAACGAAGAAAACAUCCGACAGAUGUGUUGAGGUCCCAGAUCCCAAUGACCAAUGUUGUAAAAAAGUUCUCUGUGACGUAACCCUUGAUGAUAACGAUUCCGAAAAAGAUGAUGUCACGCAGAAAAUAAAAAUUACACAAGCCAAAUUCAUAAAUGCUACAACUAUUUUAUUGAAGUUUGACUCGAAACCAGAAGUCAGCGACAGCUCACUAGUCGUUGACAUUAGUGAUGAUAAAACGAACUGGCAAAAAUUCAAAGUACUACCAGGAGGCUAUGUUUUAGCGAAAAAAGAUGCAAGGUAUCUCAAACUGGAGAACUCAGACGACAUAGUCCAUAUACAGAACUUUGAAGGGAAUCCAAAGCUAGCGGAAAAGGUUAAGGAUGUCAACGGUUGUAACUACAAGGGCAAGCUUUACAACAUUGGAGAUGAAUACAAUGACGCUUGUGAGGCCCUUUGUGUAUGCCAAGCUGGGGGCAUGAAGUGCUUGAAACUCCAGUGCCCGACUUACUUUGGCGUAGACGUUCUGGAUCCAAAUUGUGUUGAGUGGGAAACCAUACCUGCAGAUUUCGUUCCUGCAAAGCCUAACUGUUGCCCAGAGAGCAUAAAGUGCAAGAAUAAUGGUUCUUGCGAUUACCAGGGAAAGAUGUACAAGAACUGGGAGCAGCUUCCUCUCAACGUUUCUGGUUGUGAAAAGAGGUGUUACUGUGAGAUGGGAAAAGUUGAAUGUCAGAAUACUUGUCCACCUGUUACCGCAUAUCCACCGGCCGAUCUACAGUGUCCACCAAAUCAAGCCAGGAUUGGACAUAUACCAGAAGAUGAUUGCUGCAAGUACUGGGUUUGCAAUCCGCCAGAUACAGCAACGGUACCUAACGAGACGAUUACUGACAAGGGACAUUCUGAAAGUACGACAAAGUUACCUUAUCUGGGACCAUUUGCUACGAAAUCGCCUUCAAAAGUCUUAGGUCCACUCUCGGUCUAUGAAAAUGGGGAAAAAAUCAAAAAUCCUAAUGUGGAUACACUAGGAACGGCCACGAAACCUAAAGUCUCCCCUAAUGAAAAUCCAUUUUAUCAUAAACAGGCACCGUCAUCCAAGAAAGAUGAUAAAGUAUUUUCGAAAGAUAAAAAUAAACAACCAUUCCAAGGUCCCUUCAAUCCCUCGUACAAAGACAAAUCCAAAAAUUCGAAAGAUUCAUUAUUUGUGACUCCACCGUCUGAAAAAGUAACGCCUGACCAAGAAGUAAAUUCCGAUCCCAGUAAAUCUCAAUUACCGUUCUUGAAACCUCAUAAAAAUGCAGAACACUCUGAAAUUGAGGUACAUGGUCACAGUAAUCCCGAAGAGCUACUUCAGUUUAUCAGUCAGCAUCCAGAACUGAGUAACUACCCUUCAGGUUCUGUGUUUGAAGUUCAUAAUAACAAUAAUAAUCUAGCUACUAAUCAAAAUGCAGUUCCUUCAGAACAAGGUAAACCACAGAUACAUCUAGUUCCUUAUUUGGUUCCACAAAACUCUGCUGGAGAACAUGUCAAUAGCGACUUACCACCAGGUUUCACUCUGGAACAGAUCCUGGGCGAAUUUCACAAAAAUUCCCAGCCUAGCGUACAAAAUAUACUUCCUCACCAUCCCCAAUUCAAUAGGCCCCCAUUCAUAGGCCAACCGAGUGGACCUCUCUUACCAAAUAGACCCAAUACGACAACAUACCCAGGUUUCGAUGGGGGCCUGUUCCAGGGACAUUUUGCACCUCCCCAGGAUGAUAUAACAGUGCAUACUUUGGAAGCCAUCGAUCCUCACACUGUGCGGUUAGCUUUCAUGGUGCCACCAGUUAUAGUCAAUCUACACGGAAGGGUAGAAGUUCGUUACACAAAUAAUAAAGACGACAAUGAUUUGGAUUCUUGGAUGCUUCAAGUAUUCGCCCCUCCGAACGAUUUGAUCGCCACACGAUCUCUCGAAUUUGAUCUGCAAGAUCUCAAAGCCAGUACAGAAUACAAGAUAAAGAUCACGAUAACUUUGAGAGACAUCCACACGACACACUCCAGCAGAAUCUAUAAAAUCAAAACGCCCAGAGAAAUUCCCACAGCGACGUUACCACCAAUCAUCCCCAUAGAACCAGAUCUGGCUAUAACAGACAUCAACGCCACUUGGGUGACGGUGACCUGGAAGAAAUUCGAUGAAAAUGAACUACAGUUCAUCGAUGGAGUCCAGUUGAGGUUCAGAGAAAUAGACGGGAAAAUCUACGCAGCCACGCCUCUGAUCCACCGAGCCGUAACCAGCUACACGCUGGAGAACCUCAAGCCAAACACCAAGUACGAGUUGGGCAUCUUCUUCAUACCUUUCCCCGGCCAACUGACAGAGCUCCAUGCGGAGAAGAUGCUGCACUUCACCACAGCCAACGCGAUCGACACCUACGGCUUCAACGUGUCUCUUGAGAUCUCGCAGGUGAAAUCGCAGAGCGUGGAGAUAUCUUGGAACGGGGUGCCCUACCCCGAAGACAAGUACGUCAAUAUCUACAGGGCGAUUUACCAGAGUGACUCGGGCAAGGAGGACCAGAGCAUGUUCAAGAUCGCCAAGCGGGAUUCCACGACCAAGACCGUCAUCAUGGACCUCAAGCCUGGCACCAGGUACCGAUUGUGGUUGGAGGUGUAUCUGACGAAUGGAAAGAUCAAGACGAGUAAUGUCCAAGAGUUCAUUACUAAGCCAAGGGUGUCGCCGGCGUUAGGGUCUACGUCACAAGAUAAGCUUUCAAGGGCUCAGCACUUGGAAACCAAAGGCGACUACUACGGCCCUCUAGUCAUUGUAGCAAUAUUGGCAGCCAUUGCCAUUUUGAGCACUCUCGUUCUGUUGCUCAUCCUCAUUAGGCGACACAACCAAAACAAAGCUGCCAUAACUCCCCCCACAAGGAUCAGCCAGUCUGCUUACGAUAAUCCAACUUAUAAAGUGGAAAUUCAACAAGAAACUAUGGGUUUGUGAGGAGUAUAAGCAGCGAGACCAAUUCUGUAUAUAAGAAACAUUAAAACUUGAAUAUAUAUUUUUUAUAUAAGUACCUUAUGUGUUAACUUGUAAGUAUAGUUAUAAAUAGAUGAUAGAAUUUAGCAUUGUACCAUAUCGACAAUAAAUUAUAUAUUUAUUUUGUGUUUAA